UGUAAGUUUUUUAUAUGUUUACACGGUGUAGUCCGAUCCAAUCAUAUUGGUCUUGAAUCCAUAUACAUCGUGAAUACGAGUAGGUUUGGACCUGGAUUCAAAGUAAUAGGUGAACGCAAACACUCCUGAUUUCUGUAAUUUAUCUAUCAGUACUGUAACCAAUUAAUACUUCGACAACGCUUUCGAUAAGCAAAAAAUGCACCAGGCAGUGGUUGGUCAUCAUGUCACGAUAGACACUUUGAAUGCUGCAACUGGCGGUGAUGCAGUUCCAGAAACAGAUCCGGAUAGUGCGGUAGAAGCCUUUGAGCAAAGUACGUUGUCUAUUAAAAGUCAAACCAGUGAUCAAUUUCAAGGUAUUUCCAAAAUAAUAUGGAAGCGCCCAAGCAGUCGCCCAUUACCGAACAAUGACAGUGCCGAACUCUGUUUUGAGAUUCUUUUUGCGCGGGUGCUUUCGCCAGCAGUAGCAGUGGAUGGAGCUAGUGCUUCCGGAGGUAAAAAGUAUGUCGUCUACGAUGUCAGCAUUCGACGGGAUAGCGCAGAACCUGACCCUAAUCCGACGAGUAUAGAGCGUCGAUAUACACAUUUUCUAAAGUUGUACGAUGGCUUAAGGAGGGAACACUCACAGCUCGUGCAGAAUGUGACCUUCCCCAAGAAGGUGCUGAUGGGAAAUUUCAGCGAGGAACUAAUCGGCGAACGAAGUAUAACCUUUGAGAGUUUCCUUGAUUACAUCGUUACGGUGCCUUCGCUGCGUGACUCGGAGCAUUUUCUAGAAUUUUUACAAGGCGACGAACUGCGAAAGGCUUGUCAGUUGCUGGACGAGCGAAGAAACGAGUUUGCCGUGCCAAUUUUGGAGAAUACAUUUCGUAUAUUAAACAAAAUUUUUCUAGACAAGUCCAAGUGUGUUCUGUUGCUGCUGUGUCGUUUAGUAGCCGCAUGUACAACUUCUCCCAUACCACAUCCGCUGGCGGAGCAAUGGGCCGAAUUGGCGCUUAGGCGAUAUGAGCAUGUGUGCGAUACAGAUCUGCUGGUUCUCUACAUACCAUUGCUGCAGACUUGCGUUCACCUGUGGUGGCAACGUGGUCGUGAUCGCUCUCUACUGGAGGAGCGUUUGGAUCAAAUGGGCAAAAAAGGUAUCAAAGUUAAGGGAGGACCUACACUAGCUAAAGCCAUUCAUGCUCUUGAUCCAAGGGCAGAAACGGCGUGAAAGCAACCUUUGUAGAGAAAAGGGAUUGUUUCUGUUCAUUUUUUUUGCUUCUCAGAAACAUACAUUUUUGUGUCUUGUUGUUUAGUCGGUUGUAAUUUAAGUAAAAUUUUUGAGGUACAAAUUUAAACGAUAAUUUUUUUUGUUUGAUCACCCUUGGGAACUUUUUUUAUCCCGAUUUAGCUCAUUUUAAUGCUAGUAUCUACGAAAAUAUAAACAAACAUCUCUGCUAAAAUGUAACAUGUCAUUCAUAAGCUCUCAGAUAUAUUAAAUACCAACAAUAAUUAUUCAAUUUGAUAACAUUAUUUGGUAACAUUGCUGGUGCAAUGCUGAUCAUAUCAAUUUUAUAUCUAUUAUAGUUGAUUUAAAUCUGAUGUCUUGAUAAAUAAACGAAUCAAUACUGUA